UGCAGGCUCUCCUCUGCCCCAGUGCUCCUGUUCCACUGACAAAAACGCUGCUUGUGAGAAGCUGGGGGUUGCGUAGCAGCACCUUGUUUUCCAUCCAAGACCAGCUCCCUGGCAGCCAAACUUCAUCUGAUCAGUGAGGAAAAACCCUUGGCUGCACAGAGUAUAAAUUUGAGAAAACCCAGUGAGUGGUGAUAUGCCAAGCCCUGCUGUUCCUGGCUCGCUCCAUGGCCUCAGUACUGAGCCCGUGAUGUGCUCAGAGCAUGAGCAUGGCAGUCUGGGCUCAGGAAAGGCUGGGUUCGAUUUCGAGCAGCUCUGAGAGCUUGUUCCCACUCUGAGUGCUUUGAAGAACCAUCAGUAAUUGGAGAGAUCGACUUGGUCCCAGGUGCUGUGCCAGCGUGGUCAUACUCAUGUCCCCUUUCCUGAUAUUUGCUGGGUUCAAGCUCCCAGGAAUCAGCUCUUCUUGGUUGAGACAGAUCUUGCUAGCUCUGUGGCUCAAAACCAGGUGGGAGCUGAAUCAGGCCCCAGCCCGCUGGCCUGGUGCUAUGCGGUGCUCCCUGAAGCGCUUCGUCACGGCUGCCCUUGCAGCCGCCUCCCUCCUCCUCCUCUUAUUCCUCUUCAUGGGCAACUGGUGUGGGCAGAACCUGGAGGCUCCCCUGGAGGUGGAGCUUAGGGGCCUGGCCCCAGAUAUGGUCCUGCACGCGCUGCAGCAAGACAGGGUCCUUCGUGCCCUCCAGGACCUGGACAACGUCUCUGCACCUCUCAAUGUCUCCAACUACCUACUUGCUGGCUCCCCACCACCCAACAAGAAGUUCCUGACAGUGGGGAUGGCAUCGGUGCAGCGGCCGCGUGGCUACUACCUCCGGGCCACGUUGCAGUCCAUCUUUGAGCAGUCGACGGAGGAAGAACUGCAGGAGAUGGUGGUGGUGGUGCACCUGGCUGACACAGACCCGGGCUGGAACGCCCGGGUGGCUGCUGACAUUGCCCGCAGGUUCUUUCACCACCUCCACCUGGGCCGGCUCCUGCUUAUCCAUGCUCCCCAUGAGUUUUACCCCACUCUGGAUGGCCUCAAGAGGAACUACAACGACCCAGAGGAGCGGGUAAGGUUCAGGUCCAAGCAGAACGUGGAUUAUGCGUUCCUCCUUGCCUUCGCCGCCAACCUUUCCACCUACUACUUGAUGAUCGAGGAUGAUGUGCGGUGCUCCAGGUCCUUCCUCACAGCCAUCCGCAAGACACUGGCAUCCUGGGAAGGCUCCAACUGGGUCACCCUCGAGUUCUCCAAGCUGGGCUACAUUGGCAAGCUCUACCACUCCAGCGACCUUCCCCGCCUGGCUCGCUUCCUCCUCCUUUUCUACCAGGAGAUGCCAUGUGACUGGCUCCUGAGCCACUUCCGCCUUCUGCUCACCCAGAAGGAUGUCAUCCGCUUCAAGCCCUCCCUCUUCCAGCACGUGGGCUUCUACUCUUCCUUCCAGGGCACCAUUAACCGGCUGGAGGAUGACGACUUUGAGGCUGAUGCCUUGGACCUACCAGACAACCCGCCAGCAGCUUUGUUCACUGACAUGGCAGUCUUUGAGAACUAUGAGCCCCUCAAGGCUUAUAGCACAGCAGAGGGGUAUUUUUGGGGGAAAGCCCCGGCAGACGGCAGCGUCUUCUGCAUCAUAUUUCAGCAGCCAGUCCGCAUCACCCGCAUCCGGGUGCGCACAGGCUCCAUUGAGCGCCAGGGUGACUUCUUGCACGCAGGGAUACUGGAGCUGGGCUGGCAGCGGCGGGCUGAUGGCCGGGACUGCUCUGUCUAUGCUUCUGUGGGCAUCUUUGAAAAGGGGGCCUUUGAGCGGCAGGAGCUGGAGAAGGGGCUGUCUGACCCUGUUGAGUGCGUGAGGAUACGGGUCACCCAGAGCCAGAGCGAGUGGCUUAUCAUCCAGAGCAUUGACAUUUGGACAGCGUCAAGCACCUGACUGGGGGUGUAUGAUGGGCAUCCUAGGUGGCCAAGCCUUCUUUUGCACUAUUUUAAGGCCUCUCCCCCCUGCCCCCAGCCUUUUAGUAGGGAUCCUCUGUCAGGUUCCCUACUAAAAGGAGGGGGGGCCUGCUACCGGUGUCUUGCCUCCCCACUCGAUCUAUCCAUUUGGCCCCUGCAGCCACUCUCAAGGCAUCUCUUUUGGCCCCAGAGUGCUCCAGACCCGAACUUUCCCCACCUCUCAGGCCCCACUGAUGGCCUCUGUGCAGUCUCCGGAGCCCUUUAACCCCAUUCAAGCUCUGGGUGCCUCCACGAAAUCUGAGGGCACCCAGAGGUGUGUGGGGGGUGGAGCACAGACAGACAGACACACCUGGGUCUCUAUAGGGAGCUUUUGGGCAGAAGAGAGUCUUAUUUCAGACUGGACAGUAGAAAAAAAAAAUCUUCACUGGGAAGAUGGUGCAUGGGACAGGGCUACUCAGCUAAUUAAUUGAGAAACAGAAUAAUUAACCAGGCCGUGGUUUGUUCUGCAACCUCUCCUUCUUGCCCCCACCCCCAUCUGACUUUUCUAACCCACCAACUCAUGAUUUCUAACCCUCAAUUAUUUUCCUCUUGUAUGCCCUUCCUGUUUUCAAGCUGUUCCUAGGAGGCCAAUGGAAGGUCAGUGGGUGCUGCUCACACAAUCCCACACCCCCCCAGGAUCAGGGACCCAGGUGUCUGGGCACUGCACAGACACCCCCCCCCCCCCAGGCUUGGAGCAGGACAUCCAGCGCUGGUGAUCACUGGUCUCAGUGGUGACUGGAGGAGCACUGGCCACCAGAUGGACCCAUCCCACCAGCUUAAUCCCUACCCAACAGUCACAACAGUUCUCAUCUGCCACUUGCAGAGGAGAACAAUCAUUCAGUUUUCAACAUACAAGGUGUAAUUCUGAUCUUCUAUUCAGCCUUCUUGUGACAUAGCUUGUAGUAGUUUUCCCUUAACCAUAUGCAGUAUUACUCUGGUGGCUAGUGUUUUAAGCCCAGCCCUCCUGGAGCAAAAUGAUUGCUCUCUAGGCAUAGACAUGCACAAAUCAGUGCUAAAAGACCCAUGGACCAAGCCUUACUGGCCUCCUACAGUGCCAAAGCACCUCAGUGCUGUAAGCACAGCUCUGUCCUGAAGUACUGCAUGAACUUGCUCUCUGGGCCCUAGAAGGCAUCCUACAGAGCAACAGCUCAGUGCUAUGGGCUCCAGACCUGGAGUGAUGGGGCAUCUGCCUGAAAAAAACCAGCCAUAUAAUAUAUCUGUCUGCAUUUAAUAUAGAGAUGCUAUGUGAUAAACUCAGCA